GGCAUGGAAGGAGGCGGCAGCGGCGGGCCCCCAGCCAGGCAGGCAGGAGGAGCGGAGACGGAGGUUCCCGGGAAGGAUGGCGUUCUUCUUCUGGCCGACGAAAAGUUUGACUUCGAUCUCUCGUUGUCUUCUUUAAGCGCAAACGAGGACGACGAGGUCUUCUUUGGGCCCGUCGGCCACAAGGAAAGGUGCAUCGCCGCCAGCCUGGAGCGCGGUGACCCGGGUCCGAGUCCCCCACGGCCUCCUCUGCCGGCGUCAGAGAGUCUCUUCCGCUGGAGCCCCCUCGCCGGGGAGAAGUUCGUCGAAGUUUACAAGGAAGCGCGCCUGCUGGCCUUGCAGAUAGAGAGCAGCAGCCGGAGCGCGCCGGCCCUGGCCGGGCCCGAGGACGCGGGGAGCCAGGGCGUGGAACGGUUCAUACAGGAGUCGAGGUUAAAGAUGCUCCUGUUCGAGAAAGAAAAUGAAACCAAGAAAAGCCCCACCUCACUGAAAAGGGAGACGUACUGCCUGGCGGACAGUCCCGCGGGGGGCCCGCCGCUGUCGGGAAGCCAGCCCCCCUCGGAUGUGGGCCCCCCGCGCUCUUCGCGGCCUUCUUUGCCCGUGGCGCCCAGCCCCGCUCACCCUCCGCGCCUGGCGGGCCCUCAGAAAAAGGUCGUCAGCAGGUUGCCGCCGCCCCGCGCCGCCUCUGUCCGGGGAAGGAGCCUGCACGCGGCCGCGGAGAAGCCUCCGAAAGGGAAGCCAGCCAGUCCUUCCAGGAUGAAAACCCCAGUCGAGAAGGAACCCCACGGGGACAGGCCCCCCGACAAGGCCAGGGCUGCCCGGGAUGCCACCACCCUGCCAGCCAGCGGAAGCCACUUGGUCCAGGGAAAGCGAUCGCUCCCUGCUCCAAACAAGCUGGGGCUGAAGAAGACGCAGCUGAGGCCGCCCGGCUGCGCUGGGGCUCCUGCACGACGGCCCUGCGCCCCGGGGUCUGUCUCGGGCAUGAGCGCCAGCCUGUGCGCCUCCCCGGCCGCCGGCAGAGCCAGAUCCAGCGAGCGUCCCAGCGCCUCUGCAGACCGCGCCCGGCCUCCUCCAAACCCCGGCCAGUCGGGCCGCGCGGGAGCCCCUGCCGUCCGGCCGGCCCUGCAAGGCGCUGCUGCCGGGUGCGGGCAGAGCCGCUGCCCUGGGCCCCUGGCACCCACCGCCCGGGCGCUCCCCCAGCCGCCGACGCCGGAACAGGGAGGCGGGCAGCUGAGCCCGCGGCCCAGUCUGUGCAGCUCCCAGCUGCGCGGCCCUGGGAGCGCCAGGCGGGGCUCUCUCCUGAACCCCCAGACGCAGGCCCCGCCCACCCCGACGAGUCAGUUUAAAAUCCCCACGUUUCCUGCUGGCGACAUCGCGACCCCCAGGUCCUCUGGGGCACGGAGGCCGCAGUCCUGCACGUCGGCCGGGAGGGUGGCCCACAGCACUCCUGCGCGGCACCCCGCAGCGCCGGCCGCCAGGACCCCCGCCAGCACCACACGCGCGUCCGGCCUGCCCACGCCUGCCGGCCGUCGGCUCUCUAGCCUCCCGUUGGUGACCCCUCACACCGUGCCCAGGACCCUGGCUUCUCCCCUGUGCGUGUCCGCUCGGCAACUGCCGUCUGAGCCCCGGAGGACGACUGCAGGGAGAGCUGCGCCGGGCAGCGGGGGCAGCCAGGCCGCGGCCCCGGGCUCGGACGUGUCCUCGGACGGGAGUCUUUCCCCGGCUGUGCCGCAGGCUCUCAGCUUUUCCCCGGAGAAGAGGGAGGCCCCGGUUUCAGAAAGUGUCGCCACAGAACUAGCACUGGACGCGGCCCAGCCCCCCGAGGAGGCGGCCCCCCGAGAGGCUGUCCUCGUGGACGUCCCGCUGGACCCGCACGUCACUCCAAGUGCCGGGCGCCCCCUCGGCGACCCCCCUCUCAUUGACCUGGGCGCCACCCCAGAAGCACCCGUGGCUUCAGGACCUGGAAGCCAGCCUCUGCUCGAUCUCCUGGUGAACACCCCGGACACGGACAGGAAAACCACGGCCAAGCCGCUCCCCGGGGUGGGACAGCUCAUAGACCUGUGCUCGCCGCUGAUCCAGCUGAGCCCCGAGGCCGACAAGGAGAACGUGGACUCGCCGCUCCUCACGUUCUGAGGGCAGAGCCGCCUGACCGGGCGUCGCCCUGUUGUGAGCACGCACCGUCCUAGAGUGGUUCCAGCCCUCAGCCGCCGUUUUAGAAAUUACGGGGGAAAGUUUCAAAACCUCAGGGAAACCCCCGGGGGGGCAGGGCUGCGGGAUGGGGCGUGCCCACCUGCUGUCACUGCUGCCACUCCCUGCGCCAUCCCGUCGGAAGUCCAUGUGAACUUUUUGAAUCUUUUUUAUGUAAAAUAGCAAACGACUAUCUUAAGAACUAAGUUUGCAUAGAAGUUAAG